CCCCGCCUCCCCGCCCAAUCGGUUGCGACAUCGCGACACAAGCCAUCGCGACAGAGUCAACAGCGGCACAGUCGAUGGCGCCAACAUCGCGACAUCGCGACAUUGCGACACUUGCACUUGCACCUGCUUCCCUGCUCAAAACCGGGAGCCGUCUUGCCCUUCCCGCCCACCAACCGGUCCCCACCACAAACUCCGCCACACGGUGGCAUUAAUCGUUUAAGCGUUUAUCGUUGAAUGAAGCCACACCUCUCCACACACACAAUGGCUCUUCGUCGCAUUCAGAAGGAGCUGCAGGACCUCGCAAAGGACCCGCCGGCCAACUGCUCGGCUGGCCCGCGUGACGAGAGCGACCUCUACCGCUGGCAGGCGACCCUGGUCGGCCCGGAGGAUUCUCCCUACGCCGGUGGCGUCUUCACACUCGACAUUCUGUUCCCGACGGACUACCCGUUCAAGCCGCCGAAGAUCCAGUUCACCACUAAGAUUUACCACCCGAACGUCAACUCGAAUGGAGGCAUCUGCCUUGACAUCCUCAAGAGCCAAUGGUCACCUGCACUGACCAUCUCCAAGGUCCUUCUCUCCAUCUGCUCGCUGCUCACCGACCCGAACCCGGAUGACCCGCUUGUGGCCUCCAUCGCCGACGUCUACAAGACCAACCGGGCCAAGUACGAUCAGACCGCUCGCGAGUGGACCACCAAGUACGCCAUGUGAGGCGGGCUUGGUCGAGUCUGUGCAGCCGCCGCUCCGACGACUGUGCUCGACGCCGCCAGCACGCUCUCUCUCGCUUGCCCCUGCUCCUGAUCUCUUUGUGAUGCG